CCUGUGUCAGCCGCGCCGGCUCCUGCCGCCCAGAGCCCGUGGCCGCGCCGCCGGCCGCAGCUCCUCGGUCGGGUCCGGGCAGGGGCCGGAGAGCCGCGCUCCCCCGGGCACAGUCCAUAAUGCCUGAAGUCCGAGACCUUUCAGAUGCCUUGCCAGACGUGCCAAUGGAUCCUAUCACAGGCGUUGGGGUGGUUGCAUCUCGGAACCGGGCACCUACAGGUUACGACGUAGUUGCACAAACAGCAGAUGGCUUGGAUGCUGACCUCUGGAAAGAUGGCUUAUUUAAAUCCAAGGUCACAAGAUACCUGUGCUUCACAAGAUCGUUUUCGAAAGAAAAUAGCCAUUUAGGCAACGUCCUGGUUGACAUGAAACUAAUUGAUAUCAAGGACACGCUUCCUGUGGGCUUCAUCCCCAUCCAGGAGACAGUCGAUACACAAGAAAUAGCUUUCAGAAAGAAGAGGCUCUGCAUCAAAUUCAUCCCUCGAGAUUCUACGGAGGCUGCUAUUUGUGAUAUCCGAAUCCUGGGCAGAUCUAAGCAGGCCCCUCCACAGUACACAUUCAUAGGGGAACUUAACAAUAUGGGUAUUUGGUACCGAAUGGGCAGGGUUCCACGAAACCAUGACUCCUCGCAACCCGGGACACCUUCUUCCCAAGUACCAGCUUCAACACCAGCUCCUAACCUGCCGAGGCACAUAUCUCUGACGCUUCCCGCGAGCUUUCGAGGCAAAAGUAACAACUCCCGACUCGACUUUGAACACCAGCACUCAAAUUUAUAUGCCAUAUCAGCCAUGGAUGGAGUGCCUUUUAUGAUCUCAGAUAAGUUUGCCUGCGCUCCUGAAGGGAUGCAGCAAGUUGAUCUCUUGGGCAUCACAAUCAAAUCCCUGGCAGAAAUCGAAAAGGAGUAUGACUACAGCUUCAGGACAGAGCAAAGUGCUGCUGCCCGGCUGCCCCCCAGCCCCACUAGAUGUCAGCAGAUGCCACAGUCCUGAGGAGCGAGGGAAGGCCGGCUCCCUGGAGACGCGGCGCAUGCGCACAGAUACUACUGAUGGGAGGCGAGCCCUGAUGAGCAGUGUUACUGGAACCCUUCUCGGCAGACAGGACACUUUUCUAACGACUUGCCUUCCUUCCUGCGCUUUCCCCGAUCAUUUUGUACAUGUUGUUUCUGAGAUUUGGACUUUGUUAACCCUUUCUGCCAGGCGCCCUCACCCCUUAGCCCUGCUGGGGCAGUUCCUGGUCAGGAGUCCCUUAGUUAAAGCUUGACAGAUGGCUUCCUCAGUUUUCCCUGCUUUAUAGCACCUGCUGCAGCGUGCUCACUGCAAUACAGAUCUGGAGUGAAAUGCUGCAAGCCAGGAGCCCCAGCUCGCGGGACUCUGGAGAGAUUCCCAGCAAUGAGCCCUGCUAGGAUAGAGCGUUUGGGGAAAUGAGGCUAAAGAUACAGCCAGUUAGUCCCCAACUCACAAAAUGCACCAGCUUAAACUGGGAACUGAGGUGCAGCAGGAUAAACUGCCCCAGCUGCCCUGCUCAGUACAGCAGGGUUCUCUGGUUUGUGCAGGGUCAGCGGUCCGGGCCUUUCAAGUCCUUUGAUUUAAGCUAACCCUGAGUAAUGGUAAACCCUUCCUCUGCUUCUCCAAGUCCAGACUGCCCAACAGCUCACUUGUGGCCAGGAUACACCUGAGACCUUAAUGGUUUUUGUUACUUUCAGCUCACGUAGCCAGGGUCAGUCGCUCGCUCAGAUCCACGUAGGGCUCUCUCCCAAGACACUGGCAAAGUGGAGUAGCUCGAAGAGCACAGGGAUCUCAGUGGCACCUCUCCCUGGCACAAAGAGGCUGCGUGUCCAUUGCCUGGAAGUAGAGGAUCGUGGCAAAUGUUGCGUAGCUCUCUCUGGCCUAUGGAGAGCAAGCCAGCCAGACCUCUGCAAUGCCAUCCUGACUUCUCCCAGCCACCCGAAAGCUUUGCCAUGGCACCUGCCCAUAAAGUGGGCAUUGGAACCUGCCAGUUACUUUGGCAGUUUUCAAACAUUUGCCCCUGCUGGCUGCUAAAAGGAAGGAGAUUUGUGCGCCCCGUCCCUGCACACUGCUGCACUCGGGGUGGGAAAUGCUAAAGCCUGACCAUGUCGGACAAGGCUGAGAUAGUUCCACUGGGCAAGUGUUUGAUGCAUUAAACCCUGACCUCAGCAUGCUUACAAGUGGUGUCCCUGGCUCACUCCUGAGUCAAAUGCAUGUCUUGGUGAAGUCUGUUGCUGUAAUAAGUUCUUUAGACACAUUCAUCUGAGCUCUGUGCUGCUUUUCAAGUCUGCUGUGGAACAAAACUACGUUACAGCAGCGAAAUGGCAUUUUUUAAAAGUAAGUGUUAAAGUGUGCAACUUUUUGUAUUGUAAAAGACAGGUUGUCUAACCUUAUUAAAAUGCAAUUGCCAUAGUAACAAAUACUGGUAUUGUAGCUCUGGGUUUGGGUUAUUCGGACCCGCUUUGCACUGCUUUUGACUUUCCUGAAUUCUCUAGUCUAACAGAAUGUUGACUAAUAGUAGGUUUUGUACUGUUGGUUUGUGUAUUUCGUAUUUGUACAUAUGUAAAAUAUUUCUUGUCCAAUGAUCCAUUUCUGGUUUCAAAGCACUGUACCAUGUUUCUGGGGGGAAAGAAGUGCAAAACACCAUAGCAUUCUGGGUAGAACCUGAUUCCAGUUCUCUGCUUUGACUCUCCAGACCAGUCUCUCUUUUACUAACUGCCUCUUAGAGACCAGCUCUGUUGUUGGAAGAUGGGCGUAUAUGGUUAUAAAAGGGUCAGGUCUGAGCACAAGAUUUAAGGCCUGUAAUAUUUGGCAUCAGCUGGUAUAGGCCUGGGUGACUCCCAGAAGGUGCUCCUUCCCUUUAGGGUUCCAAAGUGGCUUUUAGUUCUUAUUUUCUGCUGCAGGAAAGCAAAGCCAGCCUUUACUGCCAAGCUUUACAGAGGCUAGAUUGAUGGUGCUGACAUCAACCAAUGAACAUAUCACGGAAGCUAGCGCAGUCAGCCUGGUCAUUCUGCUCAGGUUCACUUGAAGUUCAAAUUCACUCCACACUGCAGUCGUUUGUCCAUCCCAUCCAUCUCUUGUGUUUCCUACCUUUCAGCUGUCUGUAACUUGUCCUGUAGUUCAUUGUAGAUCAAUUUGUCGCUCCCUCCUUGGCUGAGGGCAGCUUUGUGGACGUAUCGGGGUAGGUGUGUUAAUCUGUAUCCACAAAAACAAGGAGUCCGGUGGCACCUUAA